UGCAUCCGUCACGCUGGUUGCAUCACCUUCUAUUAUGAUUUUGUCAAAACUAAAACGCAUUCCCAACAUCAUUCCAAGCCUGCAGGCAAUUGUUUCUGCCAGUAGAGAUGAAGUUGCGUCAAAGGUGAUUGUGCCCCAACUCAGAAAUUUCUACAGGCAAUUGUUUCUGCCAGUGAAAUGUUGAUAUGGAUUUCGAGGUGGCAAGGAUUUAGUUGUAAAAGGUGUCACAAAAUUAAGAGGAUCAUAUAUCCCUGGCCGAAAAAACAAAAGAAAAACCUCACCUUUUCGCAAACGAUCGGAUCCAAGAAUAUCUUUUAUCGUUUUGUUUAGGUUUAAAUAUGCAGAACUGAAUCUUCAACAACAAUGGCUUCUUCCUUCCGUAGGAUUCUCCCUCUCUCUUCUUCAUUUCAUAAAAUUAGCUCAUGCUCAUCAAUUAUAACUCCUCAAGGGUUUAUAAUCAGAGAAUUUUGUCAAAACAUAGCGGCAACUGUUGAGGAAACAGUGUUGAGAUUUGGAAAUGAUGUUGAGAGUAAUGAUAAUUUCACUAAGAUUCGUCAUGAAUUUGAUUCUGCUAAGAAGAGCUUUCUCAAGAUUCCAGAAGCACUCAAUCUUAUGCCUAAAAUGAAUCCUGAAGGUAUAUAUGUGAAUAAGAAUCUUAGAUUGGACAAUAUACAAGUCUAUGGUUUCGAUUAUGACUAUACAUUGGCUCAUUACUCGGCCAACUUACAAAGUUUGAUAUAUGAUCUUGCAAAAGAACACAUUGUAAAUGAGUUUAAGUAUCCAGAGAUUUGUUCAACUUUUAAAUACGAUCCAUCCUUUCCAAUCAGAGGACUGUAUUAUGAUAAGCUAAAGGGGUGUCUCUUGAAGUUGGAUUUUUUUGGGUCUAUUGAGCCUGAUGGGUGCUUCUUUGGUCGUCGAAAGCUUAGCCGAAAGGAAAUAGAAGAGAUGUAUGGGACACGGCAUAUUGGCCGAGAUCAAGCUCGUGGACUAGUGAAAUUGAUGGAUUUCUUUUGUUUCAGUGAGGCAUGCCUUAUUGCAGACAUUGUCCAGCACUUUGUGGAUGCUAAAUUGCAGUUUGAUGCUUCCUACAUAUACAAAGAUGUCAACCGCGCGAUCCAGCAUGUUCACCAAAGUGGUUUGGUUCACAGGGGAAUUCUUUCAGAUCCUCAGAGAUACUUAGUAAAAAAUGGCCAGAUGCUACGCUUUUUAAAAAUGCUUAAGGAGAAGGGAAAGAAACUGUUCUUGAUGACUAAUUCUCCAUAUUAUUUUGUUGAUGGAGGGAUGCGUUUUAUGUUGGAGGACUAUAUGGGUAAGGGAGAUUCUUGGAGGGAUCUUUUUGACGUUGUGAUUGCUCAAGCGAAUAAACCAGAGUUUUACACGUCAGAGCAUCCAUUCCGUUGUUAUGAUGCCGCAAAGGACACCUUAGCCUUCUCGAAGGUGGAUGCUUUUCUUCCUAAUCAAAUUUAUUACCAUGGAUGUCUAAAAUCAUUCCUCCAAAUUACCAAGUGGAAUGGUCCUGAGGUGAUAUAUUUUGGGGAUCAUCUUUUUAGUGAUCUGAGAGGACCUUCGAAAGCUGGUUGGCGUACUGCUGCCAUCAUUCAUGAAUUAGAAAAUGAAAUACGUAUACAGAACGAAGACAGCUACCGUUUUCAACAGGCAAAAUUUCACAUUGUACAAGAGCUGCUUGGGAAAUUCCAUGCAACUGUAUUAUCCGGAACUGGGAGAGGGAAAGCUUAUGACUUGCUUUUGAAGGAAUUAAAUGACGAGAGGCAGUUGGCACGGUCUAAGAUGAAGAGAAUGUUUAAUAGCUCUUUUGGUGCUACCUUCCUCACUGAUACUGGUCAGGAAUCUGCUUUUGCCUACAACAUUCAUCAAUAUGCCGAUGUCUAUACCAGUAAACCGGAGAACUUUAUGUUGUAUCCGCCAGAAGCAUGGCUUCAUGUACCUUUCGACGUGAAGAUCAUGCCACAUCAUGUGAAGGUUCCAUCGAAUUUGUUCAAGACCUGAAAGUAUAUAGAUGUCCCUGUUACAUCAGUCCGCUGUCAGAGGAAUGGACGAGAAUCCUGGCAUUCUUUUGCUUUUGGCAUUUUUUGGUUGGAAAAAUUGAGGCUGAGAGAUUUUUCUGCAUUAGUAUCUAACCUCUUAAAGCUGACCCUAUACCAACCAAAUGACCUUUCUAAUAAAAUAUGAAAAUCUCAACCUUUAUAAGGUUUUGACAUAGUGAAAUUAACACUGAUCAGUCAGCCUAAAGUAUAAUCAUCUUUAAAGGUGUGCUGAAAAGAUAGUUGCACGAGAAGAGAAGGUACUUGUGAGUUUGUUCUUGCUGAGAAUCUCUCCCAGACAUCUUAUUCGUAAGAACUAAUACAAUGAUGUAUAAUUCUGUUAGAACUAAUACUAUUGAUCAUAAAUUCUUUUGAAUUAACUGAAUUAUUUUGAAA